UUCAAGUACAUCCAGGGGAAGAACGCCUACAACGAGAUGAUCGAGAUGACGGCGUCGGUGCUCACCAAGGUGGCGCCCAGCGACGGGCCAUUCUGCGCCUCCUCCUUCGUCGUCAGCUUCUACGUGCCGGCCAAGAACCAGGCGGACCCGCCGGCCGCCGACGGCCUGACCGUGCAGAGGUGGGCCGGGGCCAGGUACGCCGCCGUGCGCCGCUUCGGCGGCUUCGUCGCCGACUCCGACAUCGGCCAGCAGGCCGCGCUGCUCGACGCCAGCCUGCAGGGGACCAAGUGGGCCGCCUCCGUGUCCGACGGCGGCAGCGCCGGCCCCGUGUCCUAA